AUGACUUCCUCGCGGUUGCCGACAUCUGACUCAGAGACGUCCGUGUCCACCACGGCGUCGUCAGUCAAGCAGAGCCAGGAGGCUCCCCUCUUCCUUCGUGCAGCUCAAUCGGAGCUCCUAAAGCUCGCCGCCCUGAGCCAGAGUUUCAACGCCUUGGACUUGACCGUUCCCGGGAGACAGGUGCGCUCGGUACCACCGGGCUUGGACGGGCCAGGCCGCGGCUUUCCCGGCAGCCCGCUCAGCCCCCCUCCGUGUUUGGAGGCGGCGGGUUUUGCACAGAUUCUGGGCACCUCGCCCUCCGGCGUCCGUGAGCCCGUGCGCUUUCAGUGCACCGGCGCGAGGACGUCGCCCAUGCCCCCUAUGUCGUCCCCGAUGUCACCUUUGUCGCGCGCAUCGCCGGAAUCACCAGCUUUGGCAGCCACGUCCAAGCCGGCGGCCAAAACCUUGAAGCCCUUCUCGAUGGCACCAUCGAUGGAGUCAAGCAUUCGCAGAGACAGUCAGGUCCAGAGGCGCAUCAACCAAGAGAUCAUCGCCGCUGCCAAAGCUCCGAAGGCAGAGGUCCCGGUGAAGAUCCUCGGUGUUGCAGAGACGAAGCUCGAUCAGAUGAACGGCGUGAACCUUUCCACGGCCAUGCACCGCCUGGCCCGCGCAUGCGAUGGGGCCAGCCAGGCCCUGAACAAGCUGCGCCGCAAUCCAGUGGUUCUACGAAUGCUGGAUAUUGUCGAGGCCUUGGCAGCACACGAGCUGCAGCACCACGACAACACCAUGCCCGCAAACUGCUGCACCAUCCUCGCCUGGUCAUGCGCCAGUCUGCGGAUCUUUCGUGCGUCAGCCUUUGAUGUUCUGGUCCGGGUGGCCGUGCUCCACUUGAAGGAGUGCCAGCCGUACGAAAUCACGAACAUCUUGUGGGCGAUGGCGGAGCUAUGCCGGCGACACCCGCAAACAGGUAGGGAGCUGAGGCCUGCCAUCCAGGAACUGGUUGAGGCAUCGGCCUCUGCACUGCAGAAGCAAGAGUCGCUGAAGCUCCAGGUGCUGAUCUCCGGGCUCAUGUCUCUGACGCUCUUCCCUACCCUGGAUGGCCUCGCCCACAAGAUGCUCCUCUUCCGCUUUGUCCUUGACCUCGCAAGCCGUCAUGACGAGCUGGAAGAGGAGGCCAACGUGACCCCCGUGCUUGUCAGCUUCGACACCAUGCGCAGGCAGCAUGCGCAGAUCUAUCGGGAGAUCCUCGCGGCCUUGGGUGACCGCUUCCCAACCUUCACUGAGCGCUACAUGCUGGGGAACAAGGGCUCCAGGACCAAGCCAGCCAAGAAGGCCCUUAGCUUCAACGUCCGCUUUAAGCUCGUGGCACGAUGGUGGCCAACGAUGGCAGUUGAGUUUUACAGCACAAAAGACCUUCUGUCCUUGACCAUUCCACACGCCCCGCCCGCAGUGCGCGAGGAGCAGCUCCAGAAGUUCACGCAGCCAGGGCAUGCCUGGGCGGGCACGGCCGUGGUUGGGGGCUUCGAUGAUCCUCCUGCGAAUCAGACAAUGUCCUUGAAGAGUGCAUUGCGCAGUUUUCCGAUGCAAGAGAUCUCACCGACACCACCAGAAGCCGACACUUGCGAGGGCUACGUGCUGGGCUCCAUGACUUCCUCGCGGUUGCCGACAUCUGACUCAGAGACGUCCGUGUCCACCACGGCGUCGUCAGUCAAGAGCCAGGAGGCUCCCCUCUUCCUUUGUGCAGCUCAAUCGGAGCUCCUAAGCCAGAGUUUCAACGCCUUGGACUUGACCGUUCCCGGCAAGGCGCGCUCGGUACCACCGGGCUUGGACGGCCCAGGCCGCGGCUUUCCCGGCAGCCCGCUCAGCCCCCCUCCGGGUUUGGAGGCGGCGGGUCUUGCACAGAUUCUGGGCACCUCGCCCUCCGGCGUCCGUGAGCCCGUGCGCUUUCAGUGCACCGGCGCGAGCGUGACGUCGCCCAUGUCGUCCCCGAUGUCACCUUUGUCGCCCGCAUCACCCGAAUCACCGGCUUUGGCAGCCACGUCCAAGCCGGCGGCCAGAACCUUGAAGCCCUUCUCGAUGGCACCAUCGAUGGAGUCAAGCAUUCGCAGAGACAGUCAGGUCCAGAGGCGCAUCAACCAAGAGAUCAUCGCCGCUGCCAAAGCUCCGAAGGCAGAGGUCCCGGUGAAGAUCCUCGGUGUUGCAGAGACGAAGCUCGAUCAGAUGAACGGCGUGAACCUUUCCACGGCCAUGCACCGCCUGGCCCGCGCAUGCGAUGGGGCCAGCCAGGCCCUGAACAAGCUGCGCCGCAAUCCAGUGGUUCUACGAAUGCUGGAUAUUGUCGAAGCCUUGGCAGCACACGAGCUGCAGCACCACGACAACACCAUGCCCGCAAACUGCUGCACCAUCCUCGCUUGGUCAUGCGCCAGUCUGCGGAUCUUUCGUGCGUCAGCCUUUGAUGUUCUGGUCCGGGUGGCCGUGCUCCACUUGAAGGAGUGCCAGCCGUACGAAAUCACGAACAUCUUGUGGGCGAUGGCGGAGCUAUGCCGGCGACACCCGCAAACAGGUAGGGAGCUGAGGCCUGCCAUCCAGGAACUGGUUGAGGCAUCGGCCUCUGCACUGCAGAAGCAAGAGUCGCUGAAGCUCCAGGUGCUGAUCUCCGGGCUCAUGUCUCUGACGCUCUUCCCUACCCUGGAUGGCCUCGCCCACAAGAUGCUCCUCUUCCGCUUUGUCCUUGACCUCGCAAGCCGGCAUGACGAGCUGGAAGCGGAGGCCAACGUGACCCCCGUGCUUGUCAGCUUCGACACCAUGCGCAGGCAGCAUGCGCAGAUCUAUCGGGAGAUCCUCGCGGCCUUGGGUGACCGCUUCCCAACCUUCACUGAGCGCUACAUGCUGGGGAACAAGGGCUCCAGGACCAAGCCAGCCAAGAAGGCUCAGAUUCAGAAGUGA